GAGAGGCUGACUAUCAAAUUAAUGAAACAAGCUACUUCAUCUGCAGGGCUACACUCACAGUACAGUGUAUCUAAAUACCAUUUGAACUAUUUAAAACGCGUAUGAUGGGUUCUGGAGAGAGUACAACACGAAAAGUGUCUUUCGGCGUGGAUGAUGAACAUGAUACGGUCCGGAUUUUGCGAGGAGUGAAGAUUUCCGGUGACGUUCUGCAGCGGAUGAAGGAGAUCCAGGAGAUGAGAGAGAUGAGUGGCAUCCCGAAGACACAGGCCAACGCCAAUUACGACAACAAGGAGAAUAUAGUUGAGCCACAAGUUCAGUCGUCGCCUCAGCAGAAGUCGUCAGAUCCAGAACCACAGGCCCAGCCACACCACCAGCCUGAACCCCAACCUCAGCCUCAGCCUGACCCCAAGCCCCAGCCCCAACACCAGACAUCAACUGGACACGUGGCUUCAGACACCAGCGAGGAGCUGAAGAGAAGGUAUGAGCGUCAGCAGACGCUGAUCCAGGAGGAGUUGGCUCGUAUCGCGCGGCGGGAGAGAGAGGCCAGCAGGCAGGACCUGAGCAGAAUACUGCACCGGGAGAGGAGCAAGACCAAUCAGGAGACAGGGAAGGCAGCCAUGCUGCUCCCACCAGAUGCUGUUGAGGAGUGGAGAAAGCUGCUGGAGAAGAAGGAGUCGGAACUGAAGACCAUGGACGCCUUCUACAAGGAGCAGAUAUCACAGCUGGAGAAGAGGAACCUGGAGCGGUAUAAGGCCUCCCAGGACCAGUUCCAUUCCGCUGUCACCAGGUCCGAGUCCCAUGUGAGAGCCCGUAACACAGAGCCCGUGUGCACCGUCCUCCAGUCCCAGAUCAUGCGCUGUUACCAGGACAACCGAGAGGAGACCCUCAACUGCUCCGACCUGGCCAAGGAGUACAUACAGUGCAUCAACAAAGUUAAAAAGAACUUGCUGGUGAACCACGGCUGAGGAGACCUGCCCAACCGCACGUCCCACACACACACACACACACACACACACACACACACACACACACACACACACACACACACACACACACACACACACACACACACCACGGCUGAAGAGACCUGACCAACUACACAUCAUCAAGGCUGCCUGCCCAGUCAGCAAAACCCUGCCGCUACGUUACAGUACACACACACA